AUGUAUACCUCAACUAUUUCCGACCAAACUGAUCGCACUGGAACUCUCGUCUGCUAUGACGGUGCCGGCCUUUUAGCUGGUAUCCCAUCACGUAAUAAUAUUGUGGCAGAAUUCGAUAAUGGGAUAACCACUAUAUUUCAACAAAGCCUAUCCGGCAAGCAACCCAUACAUUUCAUGCCUACUGACGGAAAUGGUACUUACCUAUUUCGACUAUCUGUGGAUAAUUAUAAUCCAAUAAGUGAGGACGAUUAUAAUAAUCCAUUAUUCUCCUCGGCACUUACGAGGGAUCGAACCCUCAUACUCACAUGGAAUAUUGAGACAUAUAGUUCACGAAAAACAGGCGAGAUGCCUAACGCAAAAUAUGAUGAAGACAGAGUGUUUAUGAUUUGUAUGACAGUGCAUUGGAAAGAUGAUCCUGAACCGUUAAAACAAAUCUGUCUUGUCGAUGUUGAAACAGCACCAGAGCCAAGCUGGAUCACAAUUGUAUGUGGAUCCCAGACAGAUUUACUAAAAGCAUUCGCUUUAUGUUGGAAACUUCUAGCUCCGGAUAUACACAUAGGCUUUAACGAUUCUCAAUACGAUUGGUGGUUUAUUAUAGAGAAAGCUAAUAAAUUAGGAGUUCUCGAAUGGAUGUUCAAUCAUAUGUCAUUCAAGCCAUCGAGCCUGGAAAAAAUUAUAAAAUGGGAAUAUCGAUAUAAUAUGAUAAAAGUAAAUGAUAGAAAAUUCCAUUCGAAAAAUCUUAAAAUUCCGGGAUGUGUAGCUAUUGACGUCCGACCCUGUUUUAUGGGAAUUUAUUCUAAGGCUGAAAAGAGUAGUUUAGCAUUUUACCUAAAUGAAUGUGAGCUCGAAAGUAAAAUGGAUAUGCCUAUUCACCGCAUGAACAAAUAUUAUGAAAGGGCAUUAAAAAAGCCAGAUUACAUGUAG